CUAUUUGGUUUUGUUUUAUUAAUUAAGAAAUAAUUUAAUUUAAAAAAAAAAAUAAUAUGACAGCAUAAAUAUUACUACUUAUAUGUAUUUAGUCUGAAAACUAUAAGUAGAUUUAGUAAAAUAAUGCCAUCAACAUGUGAAUUUCAAUUGAACAAUUCCAAUGCAGUUUACUACAGUGGAGAAGUUGUUAGCGGUGCGAUUGUCUUAAAGACUUUAUUUGCCAAAGAUGUAAGAGACAUACGCUUAAUUUUUCGUGGCGAGGGAAAAGUAAGUUGGACCGAAACUGAAAGUCGAAAACAUUCGGAUGGUACGAGGACUAAUGAGUCGGUCAACUUUAUAGCUAACGAAGUGUACAUGGACAAUACGACAACGGUUCAUGACGAAGGAAUCCUACGUCCUGGUACAUAUACAUACAGAUUUGAAAUACCUCUACCUGAAGAAACUCCCACAGCUUGUGAGGGACGUUAUGGUCAUAUACGCUACAUAUUGGCUCUAAUGCUAAGGAGACCAUCUUGUUUCGAUAAUACAUUUAGUAAACCAUUGACUGUAAUUAAAUCGCAAGAUUUAAAUUUAAAUCCCGAUUUUAGGAUUCCUAUCGUAACUGAGAAUAUUGUUAAUUCCUGCUGUUGGUCCUGUUUGAGCGGUAACAUUAAUACCAUACUCAAAGUUCCCUUUGGUGGCUAUGCAAUUGGUCAAAGAGUCAAAUUCUCGGUGAUAAUCCAAAAUCACUCAAUGACCGAUAUCCAUAGCUAUACCAUAGAAUUUAUUCGCAGAAUGACAUUUACCGCUCGUUCACCCCAUCAACGAAGACGCCACGAUUUAACAAUUUUACAUACAAAGAUAUAUGAUAAUCGCUGUAAACCUUGGACGAUGAGUAAUUUCGAUGGCGAUUUUCCUAUUGUCUCUACACCACCCAGCACUGAAGGUGAUAGUAUUUUACGUGUAGGUUAUUCUUUAAAGGUGACCUUUCAUAUGGGUGGUUUUAGUGCAAAUAAUAAUAAUAAUAGUCUAAGUUUACCAAUAUUUAUUGGUGAUGUGCCAUUGAGAGAGAGUUUUGUGACAUCGGAAGACAUGGAAAGUGAUAGAUUUAUUGAUGCUGCUCCUACAGCACCCGAACUAUUUUCGGAUGACCCCGAUUUGCCACCAAGUUAUCAGGAAUUAUGUCCUCCUUCUUUCGAAGAAGCUAUACGCAGUGGUUCUCCGUUUAUUGACAUUGAUAAAGAUGAGCACAAUCGUCAUAUUGGUUUCAGGCCCUUAUAUCCCAUGUAUUCUCAAAGUGAUGAUUAG